AUGUCGCAGAAUAAAGGAGUAAUUCAGCCACGCCUAGAGCGUCUCGAGCAGAUGCUCGGCGAUCCUCUCUUUGAAAGCAUACUAUGGGGCCACGAGUACGACCUAAAUGGACUGGACAACAGUCUGCGAGUUAAGAUCGAGUCCGGGCAGUUCAAGAGGAUUGUCUUCUAUGGGAUGGGAUGCUCCUCGGUAGUGUCUGAUAUCGUCAAGGGAUUUUUUCUAACGGAGCACAUCCCAAUACACGUUCAGGUUGUUAACGACUACGACAGCGACUGGUUUAUCGACAGAGACACCUUGAAAGACGACUCCACGCUGACCAUCAUAGUCUGCUAUAGCGGCUGGUCGGUCGAGCCAUGCCUGUUCUUCGAUACCAUGCGAAACAUGACAGGAAACAGAAACCUUAUUGUUCUAUCUGGAGGCGGGAAAAUUGCCUCUCUGUGCCAGGAGCACGGAACCUCGCUAAUUCAAUAUAAGCUGAGGCAUGCCGACCGGGAAUACCCCCUCUAUCACGUUCAGCAGUUCUUCUCGAUAUUCCUCGAUCUCUUCUACAAGUUAAAGAUCACAAAGUCCUCCUACCAAUCCGAGCUCGAGGACUCAGUCAAGUUUCUGAAAGCCGAGUUCCACGAGGAAACCCUCAAGCGAGCAGAGGCUAUCGCCGAGAAGCUUAGGGGGGAGUCGUAUCGUCCUGCUGAGCACGGCGGACUGGCCAUUGUGACCUUCUGCGACUCCAAUGCCGACGACUACACGAAGAAUAAGAUCCAGACCCUGAAAGGGCUGUUUGGCAGCAAGGACGUCACUCAGAACUCCAAUAUCGAGUUUGUCAAUAUCGAAAUUAACCAGGAUGAUUUCUUCAAAAAGUUCUUCUUUACGCACUUUUUUACAAUUUAUAUUGCGUAUUACCUGGGGAAAUACUCCGAUGUGGAGGGAAGAGAUUUGAUCUCGAUCGCCGCGAAGAACCCAUGGUGGAGCCAGCGCUCGAUCGAGCUAUUCCCCAAGUGUAUCGAUAUCCCUUCGGUUCUUGAGUCCUAG